UCUAUUGUUCUUCCCUUCCUGAGUCAUGUCUGCCUCCUCCCCCUCAGCGCCUCCUCCUCUGAUCUCUGCCUCUCGGUCAGUCCAGCAGGAUCUCCAGCUGAAGGAGCAGCUCCAGUGGAAAUCUGCUCUGUCCGUCUGUACCUGUCUGCGGACAAUGCUCGCGCUGCUUGCACGCGGCGGGCCCCCGGUGUCUGACAGGUGAACUCACCUGAGAGUCUGAGAAACCUCAAAGUUUCCUGCAGUAUCUCUCUACAGACAGGAGGGGAGCUUUCUUGCUACUUUCUGGGAUUUCCGUGCCGCAGAUCAGUUUCCUUCAGGAUGAGUAGGAGGACGGGGAGGAACUAAGGUUCUGAUUGACCCACUUUGGAAGAGGACUACCAACUCGGCAAAGAUGUUCUGGGGCAAGGAGGCCUGUACUCUUCUGAUGAUUCUGCUCUUCCUGAUAGGCCCGUCUGCUGGGCGAGAGCCUCGACGGCGCAGUAUGAGGCGCCACGUCCGUGCACACCGGGCCCGGCAACCACAGCAGAACAUCACGCUGGCGGUUAUUCUCCCACGAAGCAACAUGAAUUACCCUUGGGCAUGGCCUCGAGUUGGUCCCGCCGUGGAACGGGCCAUCAGGACCGUCAACUCCGACCCUACCUUGCUGCCUGACCACCACCUCACCUACGCCUUCAAAAGCAGCGAGGACGAGAACGGAAUCUGCUCCGAGUCAGUGGCUCCCCUAGUGGCCGUAGACCUGAAGUUGGCCUAUGAUCCGUGGGCAUUUAUUGGACCCGGCUGCUCCUACACUUCCUCCCCUGUUGGCUUGUUCACCACCCACUGGGAGGUGCCAAUGAUCACGGCGGGUGCUCCGGCUGUGGCAUUCUACGGCGGCAUCUACCCCUCCAUCACCAACACAGGCCCCACCCACAAGAAGCUGGGGCGGUUUGGCCUGCAAAUCUGUCAGAACUUCGGCUGGAGGGAACACGUGACACUGAUGUUCAGCGACAACAAGGUGGACGACCGGCCGUGCUACUUCGCCAUGGAGGGUCUGUACACGGAGCUGAAGAACAUCAACAUCAGCACCCAGGACAGCGUGUUUGAGGAGAGCAAGACACCCAUCAACUACUCGCAGAUCCUCACUGACAUCCAGAGCAGUGGCCGCGUGAUGUUUGUCUGCUGCUCACCAGACGUCUUCAGGAAGCUUAUGAUCCAUUUCUGGCUGGCCAUCCUUCCUCACUCUGAAUACGUGUUUUUCUUCAUCGACCUGUUUGCUGACAGUCUGAACUCUAGAGGCCAGCAGCCGUGGGAGCGAGGUGACGAAGAUGACGCCAUCGCCAAAGAGGCCUUCCAGUGUGUGAAGAUCCUGACAUACCGGGAGCCUCAGAACCCGGACUACCAACAGUUUGUUUCCAACCUGAAGAUGGACGCCUGGAAUAUGUUUAACUACAGUAUGGAGGACUCACUGAUGAACAUCAUCGCCGGAGGAUUUUAUGAUGGGCUUAUGCUUUACGUCCAUGCUCUGAAUGAAACCAUGUUGGCUUCGGGAAUUCGACCCUCUGGGAAAAAAGUCACUAAAAGGAUGUGGAAUCGAACCUUUCAUGGUGUUACGGGUCUGGUUCAGCUGGACGAGAAUGGGGACAGAGAGAUGGACUUUGCUCUGUGGGACUUGAUGGACACCAAUAGCAGCAUCUACCAGAUGGCUCUGGUCUACAACAGCUCUGAGGAGAAGCUGACAGCGGUUCCUGGAACAUCUCUGCACUGGCCCGGUGGAAGCAUUCCUCUCGAUGUUCCCUUCUGCGGAUUAAAGAACGACAACCCAAAGUGCCUCACAAAAACCAUCACCAUCCAUCAGAUGGUAUCCAUCGUGAUCUUCUUCAUCCUCACCAUGACACUGACUGUUGCCAUCUUCAUCUACAGGAGGAUGAAGCUGGAGAAGGAGCUGGUGGCUCAGCUUUGGAGGAUCUCCUGGGACGACAUCCAUAUGAGCAACCUGGAUAAGGUUCUGCGGAGUGGCAGCAGGAUCACUCUGUCACUGAGAGGCUCCAACUAUGGGUCCCUGAUGACCGGAGAUGGAAACCUGCAGAUCUUUGCAAAGACCGGUUACUACAAGGGGAACAUCGUGGCCAUAAAAUACUCAAACCGGAAGCGGAUCGAGUUGAACAGAAAGGUCCUGUUUGAACUCAAACAUAUGAGAGACGUUCAGAAUGAACACCUGACUAGGUUCAUUGGAGCAUGCAUCGACCCGCCAAACAUCUGCAUCAUCACAGAGUACUGUCCCCGAGGCAGCCUGCAGGACAUCCUGGAGAACGACAGCAUCUCUCUGGACUGGAUGUUUAAGUAUUCCCUCCUCAACGACAUUGUGAAGGGCAUGGUGUUCCUUCACAACAGCGUCAUCUUCUCUCACGGGAAACUCAAAUCGUCCAACUGUGUCGUCGACAACCGCUUUGUCCUUAAGAUCACCGACUACGGACUGUCCAGCUUUAGAUCGGAUCUUGACUCAGGAAGUGACGCUCAUGCCUACUAUGCCCAAAAGUUGUGGAUGGCUCCAGAGCUGCACCGAAUGGAGUCUUGUCCUCCUCAGGGAACCCAAAAAGGAGAUGUCUACAGCUUUGGGAUCAUCCUUCAGGAGGUUGCACUGCGUAGAGGAGCCUUCUACCUGGAGGGCGAGCUACUUAGCCCGAAAGAGAUCGUGGACCGGGUGAUUCUGGGUGAGUGGCCCUGCCUUAGGCCCACCAUCGACCCACAGAGUCAUAGCCCCGAGCUGGGUCAGCUGAUGCAGCGCUGCUGGGCCGAGGAGCCAACAGAGAGACCCGACUUCAACCACAUUCGCCUGCUGCUGCGCAAACACAACAAAGAGUCCAGGAACAACAUUCUGGACAAUCUGCUGUCUCGUAUGGAGCAGUACGCCAACAACCUGGAGGAACUGGUGGAAGAACGAACACAGGCUUACCAUGAGGAGAAACGCAAGGCUGAGGCGCUGCUCUACCAGAUACUACCACACUCAGUGGCAGAACAGCUGAAGAGUGGUGAGACAGUUCAAGCUGAAGCCUUCAACUGCGUUACUAUCUACUUCAGUGAUAUCGUUGGUUUUACUGCCCUUUCUGCUGAGAGCACGCCAAUGGAGGUAGUGACUCUCCUCAACGACCUCUACACCUGUUUCGACGCCAUCAUUGACAACUUUGAUGUAUAUAAGGUGGAGACAAUUGGUGAUGCCUACAUGGUGGUCUCGGGACUACCGGUAAGGAACGGAAAGCUGCACGGCAGAGAGAUUUCCCGCAUGGCACUCGCCCUGCUGGAUGCCGUCCGAACCUUUAGGAUCCGGCACCGACCGGAGCAGCAGCUAAAGUUGAGGAUCGGAAUACACAGUGGUCCGGUGUGUGCAGGGGUGGUGGGUCUGAAGAUGCCUCGGUACUGUCUGUUUGGGGACACCGUCAACACGUCGUCCCGGAUGGAAUCCACCGGAGAAGCGCUGAAGAUCCAUGUGUCGGCGGCGACUCGGGACGUCCUGAUGGAGUUUAACUGCUUCCAGCUGGAGCUCCGAGGAAACAUUGACAUCAAGGGAAAAGGAACGAUGACCACCUAUUGGCUGCUGGGAGAGAGCAGCAGCCAAUGAAGACGCAGAACUAACAGAAGAUGGCAGGAGAGGAUGGAAGCUGGGUCGUUUUCCAACAGAUGAUCCGAGAGAUGCUUCAAGAAAAGCGUCUGAGCUCAUGGAGGAUUGUCCUGGUACUCUCUCAGGAACACAGAGGUUGAGAGAUGAGGAGAGAACGGAGGAGAGCUGGCGUCAGAGAAGAAUGGAGAUGGAGGAUGAGUAGUCUGAGGAGAAGAGAAAACAGUAGCAGCAGAUCUCUGAGUUUUCUGAGAGAAGCACAACAAAAGUGAACUAACUGUUCACUUGUUGUAGUCUGGACAAGUCCAUCUUCAUCUUCCUCAUCUCUGUCAAUAAAACCAGGAACUCUGUCCGGUCCCAGCAGCUCUACAGCGUCUCCUGUGAAAAAUCAUCCCUCCAUCUAUUCCUCAGGCUGGUUGGAGAGCAGACAACAGCAACCUGAUCCCACUGAGUCUUAGCCGGGAUUUUAUAACGUUCCCAUCAUCACGAGGAAGAAAACAGACCCAGAACCGGAGUGUAUCUGCAGAUCCAAUGAGCUGCUUCUGCUGAGAUUCACUUUGAGUAUUAAACUGGAACAUCGGAUUCACUUUUUUAAAUAAGAUCUGGAACACUGGGAACAACUGCAGCAGGUCACCAAGAAAUGAGCCAACACUGACACAGUUCAGGAGCGUUAACUGCUGGGACGAUCCGUAGGUUGAAGUUAAAACAUUUUUGAGAAAAAGGCUCAGGAACUGGACCAGACCUGAGUCCACAGAACAACUCAAAGAUAUUCAAGAAGUCAGGAAAACUGUUGAUCCAGACAAUUAAAUGGACAGAAAAAAAGGAGGAAAUGAGGACUGGGUCAGGACUUUGGAUCAGGACUGUUGAGUCUGAACCCUGGAGGUUCAGAUUGUUUUUCUGAUGGGAGAAUCUAACAAGUUAGAUUUUGUUUCUAGUCCGAUGUUUAGAUCUGGACUUUGGAAUCUAAGAUGCCAGAUUUAGUCUCCCUGAUCAGAUUCCUUCUCACAGCAGCAGAUGUUCUCUCAGGGUGUUCUCCUGCUGUUCCAGUAUUUAUCUCAAUCACUCCCAGUUAGAAGAACUGGGUGGGAAUAACUGGGCUUAUCUUUGACUCUUGCUGCUGCAAGAGUUCUGGGACCAAGGGCAGAUGCUCCGGUGUGUCCUGGAGGAGAGAAUAAGCAGCUCCCAUCACUGCUGCAGCUCUUUACUGCCCCCCUGUGGCUGAAGGGCAGAAAGUUCCCAGUGAUCUUUGAGGACAGGUGAAUCCUUAUGGUGGUUUUCUCUCAACGGCCACAGGGACCAGCAGAGAGCUGGUUUUGGGACAGAAAGUGAAAGUUCUGUUCAGUCCACCUGUGUUUCCAUGCAGAACUGUUUCACUGAUGAAGUGUCACUGUGUUCUGUGGAAAGAACAGUCUGUAUGUUCCUCUGCAGAACUUAGCAAGAAGCUGCUCAGCAGUCAUUUCUCUGUAAAUAUUCCUCUUUGAAAUAAAACAAUCAGAUGAA